AUGAAUUUCUUUGGAUCCAAGAAUGAAUCUAAUCCUGAUUCAACCAAGAAUAAUAAUGCAAAUCUCAGAUUAAAUAUUAAUACUUCAAAUAAUGCUUAUUUUCCCAAGUUCACAGCACAAACAGCAACACCAACCACUGCUAUAAGUCAGAAUCUAUACGCGAUAGGAACCACAGGGUUGGCAGGUAUAAAUAAUGAAUCUCCCCUCUCUCAAGGCGACAACAAUAAUGGACUGACCGCUGCUACAAACAACCCUCAAGUAUUAAUAUCACAACCAACUUCAUCAUCUACCUAUACAGCUAAAGAAUCCUUAACGCAGGUCUCACAUGGAUAUUCUUCCUUGUCUUCAGGAAGUUCCACUAUGACGAAUCAUAGCAACAUACAGCAACAUCAUGAUACGAAAGAUACUGGCACCCUUUCAUCUCGUCUGCAUAACGGACAACCAGAAGCUACUGCAACCACUUUUGCAAAGGGCUCCGAUGCAGACACUGAUAUACCGAGAGGAAGAUUAGAAGUCACCAUCAUACAAGCUAGAAAUCUCUCAAUCAGAACAACGAACUCUCAACCUUAUGUUGUUUGUACUUUUGAAAGCUCAGAAUUUAUUUCAGAUGGUCCAGAAACGAUAAAAAACACACACUCAGAUUUAAGUGGAAAACAUAACAAAUUGAGCGUAGAUUUACCUGUAGUUAGGGAAUUUAAGAAAAGACCACUCUAUACACAUAGUUCAUCCUCGCAACUAGAUAAACUAAUAAUUAAUAAUAAUGCAACUAAUGAAGGUGAAAAUGCUCUGGUCAGAAACGCCAAUGACCUAGAUAAUACCCUUAACGACAGCAAUUCUUCCAAUCCAACAUGGCACCAUAAAGCUACUUUUGAUGUAAUUGGCGCACAUUCGGAGCUGGAUAUAUCAGUGUACGAUGCUCUAAAUGAUGAUAUGUUUUUAGGCCAAACAAGAUUACACCCUCGUAUUCAUAAUUCCAGAAUGGUAUCGUCUGAAAAUUGGUAUAAAUUACAAAGCCGUGUAAUCGAUGAGAACGUCAGCGGUGAAAUUUUAAUCAAAUGGAACUAUUCAUCGAUUAAGAAGAGACACUAUGGCCCUCAAGAUUUUGAAGUGUUGAGAUUACUUGGGAAAGGUACUUUUGGUCAGGUAUAUCAAGUAAGAAAAAAAGAUACGAAAAGAAUAUAUGCAAUGAAAGUUUUAUCCAAAAAGGUUAUUGUCAAAAAGAAUGAAGUGGCCCAUACUAUAGGUGAAAGAAACAUUUUAGCAACAACAGCAGGCGAUUCAUGUCCUUUUAUAGUGGGUUUAAAAUUUUCAUUCCAAACGCCAGCAGAUUUAUACCUGGUAACAGAUUAUAUGAGUGGUGGUGAACUGUUUUGGCAUUUACAAAAGGAAGGUAGAUUUGCAGAAUAUCGUGCUAAGUUUUACAUAGCAGAGUUAGUUUUAGCUCUAGAAUACUUACAUGACAAUGACAUCGUUUAUAGAGAUUUGAAGCCCGAGAAUAUCUUAUUGGAUGCCAAUGGUAACAUUGCAUUAUGUGAUUUUGGUCUUUCAAAAGCAGAUUUAAAGGACCGUACAAAUACCUUUUGUGGAACAACAGAAUAUUUGGCACCAGAGCUUCUGUUAGAUGAAACGGGAUACACUAAAAUGGUUGAUUUUUGGUCCUUGGGUGUCUUAAUAUUUGAAAUGUGCUGUGGUUGGUCGCCAUUUUUUGCUGAAGAUAAUCAGAGAAUGUAUCAAAAAAUUGCCUUUGGUAAAGUAAAAUUUCCUCGUGAUGUAUUAUCUCCAGAAGGAAGGUCCUUCGUUAAAGGUCUGUUAAACAGAAAUCCAAAGCAUAGAUUAGGAGCAAUUGAUGAUGGGAGGGAAUUGAGGGCGCAUCCUUUUUUCUCUGACAUUGAUUGGGAAGCAUUGAAGCAAAAGAAAAUUCCACCACCUUUCAAACCACAUUUGACUUCUGAAACUGACACAUCGAAUUUUGAUCCAGAAUUCACAACAGCUUCAACGUCUUAUAUGAAUAAAAAUCAAAAUAUUGCUGCCACGCCUUUGUCUCCAGGUAUGCAAGCAAAAUUCGCCGGUUUCACCUUUGUUGAUGAAUCUGCAAUGGAGGACUUUCACAAUUCAACUUAUAAUAACCGCAAACUUCUCCAGAAUUCAUACUAUAUGGAGCCAGGCUCUUUUAUCCCAGGUAAUCCAAAUUUACCGCCCGAUGAAGAUGUGAUAGAUGAUGAACAAGAGUAUGAAAAUGACAAGAUUACUAAUGGAUCUAGCCAAAUUGACUUUGAUGGGGAUCAUCACAUGGAUGAUGAGUUCGUCAGUGGCAGAUUCGAAAUUUAA